CCAUCAUUAAGAGAAGUGAGCAGUUCCUGGUUUGUCAGAGAAGAAAGAAGAGAAGCAGCAUUAAAGCAUCAGAGCCUCAACAUGAAAGUCUUCCACACUUUUUUCUGUUUCCUCUUCAUCGGUUCAGACUGGUUUGUGCUUUGAGCUGUUUGGUUCCUGCAGAGCUGAAGAAGGACGACGGUGGAGCUCAGGAGAGGAGCAGAAAGCUGUUGGACUGCAACAAGUUGAGUGGCUGCAGGUUUUCACCAACAUGGAAAGGAUCCAUCAGAACCCAGGACCAGGACCAGAACCAGGACCAGGACCAGGAUCAGGAUCAGGACCAGGACCAGGACCAGAACCAGGACCUGGACCAGAACCAGGACCUGGACCUGGACCUGCACCCAGCUGUGUGUCCUUUAAGAGCGAUGACUCAAAGGAUUUUUUUAUUCACUUCAAGGGAGAUGAAGCUCCUGCUGCUCAGAGAGUGGACCAGCAGAACUCAGAGGUUCACAGAGCUCAGUCUGACCAGCAGCAUGACCUGGACUCCAUAUUCAUGCUGCUGGAGGACAACAUGGUGACUUUUGUGAAGAAAGAGCUGAAGAAGAUGCAGAAGGUUGUGAGUCCAGAUUACCCAGAAUGCUCAGAGAGUCAGAGGGAGGAUGAGGAGAAGUUGGAGAGUGAUGAUGAAGAUCAGAGGAGCAGCAGAGAGAUGUUUCAGCAGAUCACAGUGUUGUUCCUGAGGAGGAUGAAGCAGGAGAAGCUGGCUGACUGUCUGCAGAGCAGUAAGAGGAUUUGUGUAAAGACUGAAGCUGCUGAUCAACAGAACAUUUACUAAAGUCUCAGAAUAUCUUCACACAAUCAGUCUUUACGAGGAUGAACUGCUGUAAUGUUUACUGUCAUUUAUUCAUUGAUCUCAUGCU